UUUUAUGUGCUGUCGCGUAAAAAGUCUUGUAUAGAAAAAGAAAAUUCAAGAGAAAAAAAAAAUGAAUUUAAUUGUACAAAAUAAAGUGUAAAAGCAUUAUAAAAAUGAACCUGAUAUUUUUCUCAAAUAAAUUUUGCCUACAAGCAAUAUAAAUAAAUAUCAAUCAAAUAUUUUUCGUAUAUACAUAUUUCAAAGCAUUGAAUUAAUUCGCAAUCCAUUUUUAAGUUAUCACUAUUAAUUUUUGAAUAAAAAAUAACCUACAAAACAAUUUUAACUAUCAACAAUAUGAAUGCCGAAGGUGAUAAAUCACAAUUUGUAAGUAGCGGUGGUGGUUUAACUGGUGCUGGUUUCUCAAUACCUAGACAAAAUCUUAACAAUUUCACAUCGAAAUUAGGUAGCGGCAGUGAAACGUCAACGGUUGUGGCAGCGGCUCUUUACGAAAAAUAUGAUAAACCCCAAGAACGAUACGUUUGGGAAAUGAGGAAACGUAGUCCGAAUACAACACCAGCAAGUACAGUAUUAAAUUCACCCGAUUUAAUUGAUCCAUUAGGUUAUUCAAUGCAAUUGCAUCAACAUCAACAAAUUCGUGUGGGUCGAAGUCCUGUUAGCUUACUAGAAACAUCAAAUGAAAAUAAUCCACCAAAUACUAGAACAAAUAAUAUAAGUGGUAAUAAUGAAAUUAUUGAGAAUAAUAUACCACAACAAAUGCUCACAAGUGCUGGCUCACCCACCGAUUUGGGUACUUCUGGUGCGAAUUUGAUUCGGGGUGGUGAAAUCGUUGUUUUCGAUGAUAUAGAUACCAAUUGGAUGAAAUCAAAUAAAGAAUGCUGUAUGAGUAGCGAAGAUGUAUUAAAAGUUACAAAAAUGAUUGGUCAAUUACCAAUUGCAGAGUAUGAAGGCUCUCCAAGAAGAAUUGGAAGUUUUAAUCAACAAGAAAUUUCACCAACCAAAAGUUUUAAUUCUAGCAAUAGCGUUAUUAUUGGUGGUAGUAGUAGUAAUAAUAAUGGAAGUUCCAGAUCUCCGUCUACUUUUCCAAGACCACCUGGCUUUCCGCAAAGAAUAUCUCCAAACAUUCAACAAGAUGAUCGGAACAAAUCCCCUAAUUUAAUUGAUAUGGAUGCAAGUGAUGAUAACAUUAGUGAUAAAACUAAUGAUAAUAAGUCAUCCUUAAAUCUUUCUGUUCUCGGUACUAGUAAUAAUAUAAAUAAAGAUAAUAAAGAUGAAGAAGAAUCUAUCAAACCAAAGACUCCUACUUUUGAUUACCUGUAUGAAUUUUCAGAAACACGCAAAGUUUUAGAAGAAUUUUUUAAAUGUACUAAUAAUGAUGAUGAAAGAAAAUUUAGUGAUUUAAAUGAAAGUGAUGAUUUAGCAAGUACUGAUACAAAUCAAGAUUAUAAUAAUAGGAGCGAAGAGAAAAAGGCUGAACAGGCUUAUAUUGGUCAAAGAUUAGCUAGGUUACCAAAUGAAGAAUAUAUGGUGCAAAAAUCUCCAAGAAAACAUAAAUAUGAAAACUACACUGAAAAUAAUGAUAUUGAGCUCUAUAUUGAUACGAACAGUCGUAGUUCUGGUGAUCUGGCUGAUACAGAGUUAGAAGCUAAUUUAAGAAGACAUUCGAGAAAUUUCACUUUAUCGCCAGAAACGACGGAUUAUGAUUCAAAUUGUGGUGAUCUAGAUAGUUUAUCAAACGACAUAAAUUGUCCAACUGAUUUUGGGAAGCUUUAUACAAGUAUGCCGGUUUUAGAAGAUGGGUUAUCUAGUGGCCAUGCAUCAGAUACUGAAAAUAAUUUAUCGUCAGCUGUAAUUGAAAAAAACUAUUUAGAAAUGGCUCCUGUGGAGAACAUGGAUACAAAUAAUUUACGAAAAACAAUCAACGAUACAUCUUCUUCAAUUAACUUAACAAAUAAUUUGUCAUCGGCUCUAACGACAAAUCAAAUCUCGUCAGUAUCAUCAACAGUAAACAUUUCAAAUACUAAUAAUAUUAAUUCCAUUGUUGAACUGACUAGUAAUAAUUGUAUAGGAAUUACAAAUAAUAGCAAUAAUUGUAAAAACAUAAAAGAAAAUAAUUUUGAAGCUAUAUUUUCUUCAACUUUAUCACAAUCAACUCCACCACCUCCACCAGCACCAGCACCUCACCGACAUUCAACGACAACCACAAUAUUACAAUCAAUACCGUCUUCAGCAGCUGAUAUAUCUGAAUCUCAAGAUAUCCAAGAAGCAUUGAAAGAUAUUCGUUCUGCGUUGCAACGUACGAAAGCAUUACAAGACGCAACAAAACCAAAAUAUUACGAUGAAGUUAUACAAGGUGGUCACGAAUCUCCUAUAUGGGUUCCAAGAAAAAAUACACAAUCACAAGAAAAUCUUUCUAAUCUUUCUAACUUACAAUUAGAUAAUUGUAAAAAAGAUUCAUCAGUUUCUGGCAAUGGUCAUGAUGAAGAAGAGGCAGAUACAGAUUUAGAAACUGAUCGUUUACUUGGUCAGCAAAGGUCAGACGACCAAGAUUUCUUUGAUGAGAAGCCAUGGUUAAAAGCAUCACGUUUAAAAUCACCAACAAGCCUAUCUGGUAUAACGUUAACAACAAUUGGGUCAGCAACUUCAUCAGUAGCAACAGGUAGCACAAAUGCAAUUGUUAAACCUCAAACAUUUUCUUCGGCUACUAUUCGUCAGGGUAUCGGUACCGCCUUGACACCAACAUCACCUGAACAUUGUCAUAUUGUUGGUUCCUCUGACAUAACAUUAACUUCUCCAGAAAAAUUGCAAUUUACAAAACCAAGUCCAACUAGUUCCAUAAAAUCAAAAAAAGACUCAUUAAAUGGUGAUAAAAAAUCAAAAUCUCGUAAUAAAGAAGCACUCUUGGAUCCUGCAGUGUUGAUUGAAGGUGUUUUAUUCAGAGCUCGAUAUUUAGGUUCAACUCAACUGGUUUGUGAAGGCCAACCCACAAAAUCUACAAGAAUGAUGCAAGCUGAAGAAGCUGUUUCCAGAAUUAAGGCUCCAGAAGGGGAAAAUCAACCAAGUACUGAAGUAGAUCUAUUUAUUUCGACUGAAAAAAUUAUGGUUUUAAAUACUGAUCUUAAGGAAAUUAUGAUGGAUCAUGCCCUUCGUACUAUAUCUUAUAUAGCUGACAUUGGUGAUUUAGUAGUUUUAAUGGCAAGAAGACGCUUCGUUCCUUCAGAAACUGAUGACAAUGUUAAACCAAAUCGGACACCAAAAAUGAUAUGUCAUGUAUUUGAAAGUGAUGAGGCACAAUUUAUAGCUCAAUCUAUAGGACAAGCCUUUCAAGUCGCAUAUAUGGAAUUUCUAAAAGCGAAUGGUAUUGAAGAUCAUAGUUUUGUUAAAGAAAUGGAUUAUCAAGAAGUAUUAAAUAGUCAAGAAAUAUUUGGUGAUGAAUUAGAAAUUUUUGCUAAAAAAGAGUUACAAAAAGAAGUUGUUGUACCUAAAGCGAAAGGUGAAAUUUUAGGAGUUGUAAUAGUUGAAAGUGGUUGGGGUUCAAUGUUACCAACUGUUGUAAUAGCUAAUUUAAUGUCAUCUGGUGCUGCAGCUCGUUGUGGUCAAUUAAAUAUUGGUGAUCAAUUAAUUGCUAUUAAUGGUAUGAGUUUAGUUGGACUUCCAUUAUCAACUUGUCAAACUUAUAUAAAAAACACAAAAACUCAGACUGCUGUGAAAUUUACGGUUGUGCCUUGUCCACCAGUUGUUGAAGUUAAAAUAAAACGACCGAAUACAAAGUAUCAAUUGGGUUUUAGUGUACAAAACGGAGUGAUUUGCAGUCUUUUAAGAGGUGGAAUAGCUGAAAGAGGUGGUGUACGUGUCGGACAUAGAAUAAUUGAAAUUAAUAACCAAAGUGUAGUUGCAGUUCCGCAUGAGAAAAUUGUUAAUUUAUUAGCGACAUCUGUCGGAGAAAUUCUUAUGAAGACAAUGCCAACAUCAAUGUUUCGUCUUUUAACUGGUCAAGAAAACCCAAUAUAUAUUUAAUUUUUCCUUCUUAAACCUUAUAUACAAAGUAUAAUUAUAAAUUAAAAUAGAAAUAAUAAUACGCUUGUGUUCUUCAUCAACGUAAAUAAUAUAAUUUCAUCUUCUAUUGGUAAUGAAAAUCGAUAAAAAAAUAAAUUGCAAAAACAAAAUAUAAUUGAGAAUCUCAUUGGAAUCAAAAAUAAAAAUUAAAUAUGCAUUCAUUAAAUCAAAAAAAAAGCAAAAAAUUAUACAAAAAUAUUGUUAAAAUGCUAAAACUAGAAAAUUUUCUACAGCUUUAUAAUAAAAAUAUAGAACAAACAAAAGAAAAAAAUAAUUAAAAUUCUAGAAUCUUUCAUGAACAAUCAUCAAAAAGGCUUAUAAAUAUAAAGGAACAAAAUGAACACUCUUAAUUGGUAGAUUUUAUGUUUUACGUUGUACUCAAGCUUUUUAAAUUAUUUUAACUAUAUCAAUAUUGGCAUAAAGCAUUUAAAAAGCAAUUUUAAACGAAAUAAAUUGCAAUAAAAAACAAUGACGAUAAUAUCAUUUCAAACACAUGAAUAUUAUUAUAUAUAACCUUAUUGUACGAUUAGUGGCUAUUUAAUAAAAAUAUUUCAUCGUCAUUUUUU